CUUUGGGAGAAGGAAGUCUGGAGUCAGCAACAGGCUUUUAAACUUUAAAAAGACACGCUGUCACUUUUUCACGCUGCUUUCCAAGGACUCCCUGGAGUUUGUUUUCAGCACUUUGGACAAGAAAGAUAACGGCUUUUAAGGAUGGGUGACUGGAGUGCCUUAGGAAGACUCCUUGAUAAGGUGCAGGCCUAUUCCACUGCCGGAGGGAAAGUGUGGUUGUCUGUUCUGUUCAUUUUCCGGAUCCUGUUAUUAGGCACUGCAGUAGAGUCUGCUUGGGGUGAUGAACAAUCUGCAUUCCGAUGCAACACUCAACAACCUGGUUGCGAAAAUGUCUGCUAUGACAAAUCAUUUCCAAUCUCUCAUGUACGAUUCUGGGUUCUCCAAAUUAUAUUUGUCUCUACACCUACACUUCUAUAUUUAGCACAUGUGUUUUAUUUGAUGCGCAAAGAGGAGAAACUGAACCGAAAAGAAGAAGAACUCAAAAUUGUCCAGAAUGAUGGAGGGAAUGUGGACAUGCAUCUUAAGCAAAUUGAAAUAAAGAAAUUCAAAUAUGGCUUGGAAGAACAUGGAAAGGUCAAGAUGCGUGGUGGUCUACUUCGUACUUAUGUGAUAACCAUUCUGUUCAAAUCAUUUUUUGAGGUUGGUUUCCUUCUCAUCCAAUGGUACCUCUAUGGGUUCAGUUUAAAUGCUAUCUAUACCUGCAAAAGAGAUCCCUGCCCACAUCAAGUUGACUGUUUCCUUUCCCGUCCCACUGAGAAAACCAUUUUUAUCUGGUUUAUGCUAGUGGUGUCUUUAGUAUCACUUGCUUUAAACAUCAUUGAGUUGUUCUAUGUUGGUUUUAAAAGUGUCAAGGAUGGCAUUAAAGGAAAGAAGGACCCCUAUGCCACCACAAACGAUGCAGUGAAUCCUGCCAAGGAUUGUGGUUCCCCUAAGUAUGCAUAUUUCAAUGGCUGUUCUUCUCCAACCGCGCCUAUGUCACCACCAGGUUACAAGCUUGUUACUGAAGACAGGAACCCUUCUUCCUGUCGUAAUUAUAACAAACAAGCAAGCGAACAAAACUGGGCUAAUUACAGUGCAGAACAAACCAGGAUGGGCCAAGCUGGAAGCACUAUUUCAAACACUCACGCUCAGCCAUUUGACUUUCCAGAUGAACACCAGAAUGUAAAAAAAAUGCCACCAGGACAUGAAAUGCAGCCUCUCAGUACACUUGACCACAGGCCUUCAAGCAGAGCAAGUAGCCAUGCAAGCAGCAGGCCCAGACCUGAUGACCUGGAGAUUUAAAUAAUCCUCAUAAAUUAUCAGAAGGCAAACUUUGUUCAGUGCAGCAGGUACUUUACAGUCUCAAAGCAGAGAUUUCAAAGAGUGAAAGACAUUUUUUAUUGUCAAAUACUUUUUUAUGUCGGAGGUACAUAUUGAUGUCUAUGUAGUAGGUUGCAUUCCUCAUAGUACUAAAAGACUCGAAGAGCAGGAGUAGCAUAUGUACCAGUAGAUCAUGAACAUGUCUUGUACAAGUCAACGUUGUUCAUGUGAUUAGUGGUAUUACAGUCCUGAUUGGUGGCUACUAAAAAACUUAGAAUAAGAAGAGGGAUAUCUUGUGAGCUAGAUAAAUAAUACUCUGACUGUCUGGAACAGUUCUGGCCAUAUUGUGGUUAAAAUGGAGCUUAGCUCUAGUAUGAGGGCUAUUUUUCAUGUAGUGGUGAAUUUCCUAAGGUAUCUAUUGUGAGUGAUUCAUUUAUUUAAAAAAAAAAUUAACCAAAGCAACCAAUUAUUAAUAAAGUUAGUUGGUGCACAAUUACAUCUUCUAGAAACAGCACCAAUAAUUUGACACCGAAAAGUUGACUUACAAAGUAGACAUUGCACACAUUGCCUUGAUUACCACUAUCUGGAAUUGCUAUUUUUGUAUCUUUCAAGGAAUAAGUAGGAUAUUUUGCUUGAAUUUAAUUCUGACAUGUUCUGUCCCUUUUUUCUGCAACAGUCACUUUAGUUUUAGCCAUCACUGUGAACAGGUUACUGAAAGCAGUUGAAAUGCCGAUGUAUAUGUAGCUGUUAUCAUUAUCCCUAUUUCCUUAAAUGUGAACCCACACACUUCAUGCAAUCCAUAAACAUUCCUUUGUGCUUAAAAAACAUACAUUUAAAAGUUGUGUUUCUAAAAUUGGGU